AUGCGAGUUCCUCACGCUCAUCUAGCCCAGACGCCAUCUCCAUUCCGCCUCUCCCGCCGCCAGCCGUCGACGCGCCGCAGCGCCGGCCCGCAAUUCGCAAACUCCCCGCGAUUCCUCCUAUCCCAAUCGACCUCAGCGGAAAAGAAGAAUGAUGUCGAUAUCGAUGAAUGCGACGAUGCUCCACCGUCAAUUGCCAGGGCGGCCCCCCAAUCGCGUGGCGCAGUCCCUCCACCGCGUCGACAGCGGGAGGUGAUUGAGGAUUCGGACGAUGGUGUGCCAUUAGGAGGCGAUGAAACUCGAGAGGAAACGGACGAGGUCAUCGAUGAUGCGAUCGAUAGGACGCCCCCUGGUGCACUGGAUACACCGGGAGUUUUCGACGACGACUUCGACGUACUCUUUUCCCCCGGGAGGAGGGAGGGCCAGAAACGCCGACGUCUAGAAACAGUCGGGCAGCCCUCUCGAAACCCGCAGCGCAAUAACCUACCUUCCUCAUCGCCAGAAUCACAACGGAUCCCCGGUGCCUUCGAUUCACCUGCCCCCCAUCCGACGCCUAGCGCCGCAGCACGACAAACCAACACUCAAAGUACCCCAGCCGUGCGAAACCUCAUGGGCCCCGGGGUAUCUACGCCGGCUACGACGAAGACGCCAUUCCGCAGUAAACCACGAUUCAUGCUCUCUACAAAGAAACCCCCAAGUACCCAGCCUACAUUCCGAGGCAAUACACCACUAGCUUCACAAGCACCCUCUCCGCCAGAGAGACGCAGGCCGGCAUUCGUACUGCCGCGCUCACCCUCACCUUCAGCCGUGGCAGAGGAUAUCCCGGCUCCAUUCUCGCCUUCUUCGCGCGCUCUGCGUCGCCGCGGUCGACCUCGUGCUGGCGUCGAGGACUACGCGCCUGGCGGGAUGGCUGCUGAAGUCCGCAGCUGGAUUCUGGAAAUGGGGUCCAGGCGUGAAGGUGUACCUACAGUGCAGCCUAAUCCUGAUGAUAUGACUCGGUAUUUGAGGGUCGUCAGAGUCGUGCAGGCGAACCAGGCUGUUCUGAGUAGCUCCGGCCCGUUGGCGUUUAUACGGGCUGAGAUUGUUAAUGCAUCUUCCCGGGAAGAGGACGGAUUGGAUAUUAUGAAUGUUAUGACUAUGGGGUUGCCUCGAUCUAAACCGGCUUCACGGCAAAUAGUCUCGCGUCCCGGAUCUGUCCGGACCGUUGCUGUUGAAGAGGGCGAUUUGAUUGGGAUUCAUCGCGGUCUUGCUUGGGAUGUGGAGCUGCAUGUAUUUCAGGGGUUGGUUGCCACUGAAGGAUUACAGCGUCCCUUGUCCGAAAACAAUGGCUGCAUUAAUCCCCAAGAGCGCUGGCUGGUCGCGAUGGAAUGGGAUAUCGUCUCGAGGUGA